UAUAUCCCAUACGUCACUAGCUCAUGGACUCUUGCUAAUAUGAAAGAAAUGAAUUUAUCAGGUAAGUUCUUACAUAAAUUAUGUUUUUUUAUAGGGGAGGUAAGCUAUACCUGAAUUGCAUACGACUGUACGUGUAUCAACAGGAUUAAAGAUCAGAUCUCAUUCUCAGGAGGAUCCCUGCUGUGUGGCUGGUGCCCCUGACAGCUGCCUGGUUGCUCCUAAACAAGGCCCUGGGGGGGAGUCAAAGUGCUCUUCGGCUGCUCUGUGAUCGAUGAAACAAUGAAGAUAAUAGCGCGGGUAUGUGUAGGAUGCCUGCUGCUGGGAGCUGUACUGUGGCUGUGCUGGGUGAGCACCAAUACCAGGGAACAAGAGGACAGACCCCCGUCCUUUUUGCCUCACAUAUUGCAGCUCUCUGGAUAUAGCAGGCUUCCAGAUGGAGGGUCGCUGGUCCGAGCUCCAUGUGGAACCUGCGCUGUGGUAUCCAGCUCAGGGCAGAUGCUGGGAUCUGGCUUGGGCCCUCAGAUCGAGCAGGCAGAGUGCGUUAUGCGCAUGAACACAGCGCCCACUGUGAGGUACGAGCCGGACGUGGGCACACGCAGCACAUUCAGAGUUGUAUCUCACACCAGCGUCCCUCUUCUUCUUCGCAAUCAGACGUACUUCUUUCAGCAGUCUCAAGAUACCAUUUAUGUGAUCUGGGGGCCCUCGCGUCAAAUGGAUACAGAUAAAGGGAUCACGUAUCGUGCCCUAAUGCUGGCCAAGGGCAAGUACCCAGAGGCGCAGAUCUAUACGCUGACACAGGACAUGAUGGCACAUUGUGAUCAGAUUUUCCAGAAUGAGACUGGGAAGAACAGGGCAAUGUCCGGCUCUUUCCUCAGCACGGGAUGGUUUACAAUGAUACUAGCCAUGGAGCUGUGUGAGGAGAUUUCUGUGUACGGUAUGGUCAGCGAGAAUUACUGCAGGGAUCACAUGCAGUCCUCUGUGCCUUAUCACUACUAUGAGAAGGGGCGCCUGGACGAGUGCAGUAUGUAUAUAAUGCACGAAAGGGCCCCGCGUGGAGCUCACAGAUUCAUCACAGAGAAAGCCGUCUUCUCUCGCUGGGCCAAGAGGAAACGGAUUCACUUCAACCACCCGUCAUGGGGAUCAUGAAAAUAGGAAAUCUGAAUAGACGAUGGUCAUUUUAAAAAACUAAAGCAAAAAAUAUGAGUAGCUGGAGCAGGACUCUGUAGUGCUCACAGGGUUAAGCUGACUAAUAUCCUCUCACUUUAACAGGCAGUUGUUUAGACUUCUGACAGUGUAAACAAUGUUGUAUUCUUGCCCCAAGAGCUUACAAUUUUGCUUGUAAUAAGGUGCAGCAUUCAAUCCUUCUUCAUAGGACAGCUCUGUUUACAUGUUAUGCUGUAGCGGUGAUACGCCUGUUCCCGAGUAUGAUGCCGGUUGCUGUAGGUUGUUACGCACCCUCUGUGGUAAGUAGUGGUUUUACUCUGUUAGGGUUUUAGACAAUGCAGCCAUUUCAGACUUGUACUUUGUGCAGCAAAGGUUAAUAGUUUACAUGCUUAUUGGGAUCAUUCAGUAUUAUAUGACCUAGUAUUAAUUACACCACUUCUCAUUCCCAGGCCACAGUUUACGCCACAGAUGGUUAUCUGACCAAACAUGUCAGAAAAACUUCACAAACAAUUUACAGAUUAUAGUAUCAGCUCAAGGUGGGUCCUGGAGAUGGCUUUUUAUAUAAUCCUAAAAAUCCUUUAAGGCGGAAAGAUUGUUCGUUACUCAUCAAUCACUGUAAGAACAGCAACCACUUGUAUGUUAUCAGAUCGACAUAGCUCAGGCAGCUCAGCGCGCCUUGCUGCUAAGGAUUCUGGGUAGCGAUAGGAAAAUAACUGCACUCCCUUAGCCAAGACAUGGCACAACAAAAAGUUCUUGAAGUUUAGUGUCAUAACCGUCACCCACAGACAGCUGUUUCGUCCUCGUUCCUCAUCUAGUAUGAGAUUAGUUUCUAGGUACUUGGAUGAUAUAAAGGGUCAAAAUGAACUAUUUUACCUGUCUUGUUUAGCUGUAUAUUAAAUGUGUUGCGUUUCUCUCUGACUGAGCAUUAAAAGUAUAUUCUAAGACGCACAGUGCGAACAGUCUUACAUCAGAGAUUAUAGAGACUAAUACAGUUAUGUAUUACAGGGUUAGAAUAGACAAAUCUACUUUACAUUGUUAAAAGAAAAGAUCAAGGAUCGCACUGUUUAGUAUUUAAAUUACAUACCACUUCUCUUUAGCUUGACUUUAUAAACUAGCCAAUAAGUGAAGGGUAAUUCCAAUGGUUAUUUUAUUAUUAUUUUUUUAUAUACUGUUACUUUUAUUUCUGUAUUUGAUCAUUUUAGAGUAUAAUGUGCCUUUUUACCUGUGGAUAAUGGAAGACCACUGGGUCGAUUUUUCCAUUUUUUUAUUGUUUUUAAAUGUAUUAUGAGUACAAAUCCUUCAAUUUGUUACAAUUCAGCAUUACUAGAUUCCAUGUUUUGUUGCGUGAAAUCGAAUUUUAGCGAUCAGUGUUAAAAAUCGAGAAAAAAAGAUCUCAGAUUGUACUCACAGGUCUUUUUCAUUUUAGUGAUUUGGUACUUACUUUUAGGAUUUCAUAUUUUAUCAGUAUUGCACAUUGAUAGAUAGCAAUUUGUUGUUCUAAUAUUUUAUUUAUUUAAAGCUUUUCUUGCUGUAAAAACCGAGGUGUGUUGUUUUUUUUCUUUUGUUUCCCAGCUUUUUUAAAAAAUUUUAUUUCGUCAUAAAUGUUUACUAUUAUACAACUUCAGCGCUAACAGGACUUUUUAUAUAUAACUGAAAACAGAGUGCGGAUGUGUUUUUUAAUUUUUUUAUUAAAUAUAUUUUUUUUAUCACCUGUACAACAAUUUCAAAAUAUAUGAUAACUAAAGUAAUAUUGCAAACCAAUAAAAAAUACUGCUGUUAAUAUCCAAAAUGAUCCAAUUUUAUUAUCACAUUACAAUUUAGAUCAUAAUAUAACCAUACCAAAUGUAAUAAUCUAAAAAUAUGUGUCAAACAUGAGUUAAAUUUAUCACAUAAAAAAAUAUAAAUAUUAUUUAAAAAACAAAAAAACUUGUACUUAAAAUCAAUUACGACAUUUUGAAAUGUUCAUACGAAAAUUCCAGUGUAUUUAAUACGUUUAUAUACCACACAUGAUCACAAAAACUAGAAAACUGGAGUAGAUUCCAAUGUACUUAAUACGUUUAUAUACCACACACGAUCACAAAAAAUAGUGUAAUUUCCUCUUAUGCAAAAAAUAUCACAAUUUCCAACUUGGGAACAAAAAAUGCUCAAAAUAUUGCUCAGAUGGAAAGACACCAGAGGAUACCCUAAUAGAGAGCUGUUUCUUUUUUUUUUGUCAAAGCUCCACAGACAUUUGGGCUGCGUCUGUGACUAAAAUUUGCUAUUGAGCCACAUAGCUGGGGGUUUUUCUACAGCGAAUAUCUAAAAAAAAUACUAAAUUUAAUUUACUUAAAAUUUGCAUGCGUGUAAUGUUUACCAAUCAGUACUGACAUACUAUUGCAACUAUAUUAGUUUAUUGCAAUCCAGACUUACAAACUUUCACAAAGUCUGGCUUUUGAUGGCCUAAUACAACUGAAAGAAGAGAAAUGAUUUUCUUCAGAUUACAAAAAUUAAGCCAUAAACCAAUCUGUGCUCAAAAGACCUAACUAUAUAUAUUCUUUUCAGCGGUUUUGUAUUGUUUCAGGAAUUUGUUUUUAACCAAUAAUAGUUCAACGUUUCUAGUGCUUUAAAUAAUUUGUCCUUCACAAUUUAUAUGCCGAUCUGCUGUGUCCUCGAGAUGUGAUGUCUGCUGGUUUAGGCGAAGACCAACAAACCUUGUUUAUCUAAGGGGUGUUGCCUACAGUGUACAAUGAAAUAAAAUAUAUAUAUUUUUAACUU